AUGAGACGACCUAGAGCAUUUGCUGUAGGCAGCAAUCGGUUUAGGAUUUGUGUGGAUGAAGUUAAAAGGAUGGGUUUUAAUCCUUCGCAAAUGGAGUUUAUGUCAGCCAUUCGUGUGUUAACAGGGAUGAGUAAAUCUACAUGGGAGAAGAAGGUUGAGGUUUACAAGAAGUGGGGUUGGACCCAGGACGAGAUUCUUGUUGCUUUUAAGAAGCAUCCAAAUUGUAUGAUUGCAUCACAGGAUAAGAUCAACCGCGUGAUGGAUUUUCUUGUUAAAAAAAUGGGUUGGGAAUCUUCGUUGGUUGCAAGAAGACCAAAAAUUAUACAACUAAUCUUGGAGAAGAGGAUUGUUCCGAGGAGUGCAGUUUAUAAAGCUUUGUUGUUGCAAGGUUUAAUCAAGACUAAUGGUAUCAGCUUGAGUACAUGGCUAAAUUUUUCUGAAAAGCAGUUCUGGAAGAAGGUUUUGAGCUAUAAGAUGGAAGAAGCCCCGGAGCUAUUGAAGUUGUAUAAUGAAACAUUGGAUCUUGCGAAGUAGAUGGGAUAUGGGUAUCAAUGCCAGACAUGUUAUGGAUGUAGUUGCCCUGUGGUUUUGCUUCUCAUGGUUCAACUCUGGGGAAUCGAAUUCUUGUAAUUUCAAACCCGACAAGUGUGAGUUCUUUUACCGUGAGAGAAAUGGAAUUUGAAGCUCAACAUCGGAUUGCAUUA